AUGAACGGUUUACUCCUAAGAAGAAACGUAUUUAAUAGAUUAACAAUUGGCGUCAGGGGGCUCGCUUCCACUACCCAGGCCACACAACCUAGAAUGAAGACUUUCAAGGUUUAUAGAUGGAAUCCUGAUCAACCAACUGAAAAACCACAUUUGCAAUCUUUCCAAGUGGAUUUAAAUAGUUGUGGCCCCAUGGUCUUGGAUGCUCUUUUAAAGAUUAAGAAUGAACAAGAUUCCACUUUGACCUUUAGAAGAUCAUGUAGAGAAGGUAUUUGUGGGUCAUGUGCUAUGAAUAUUGGUGGUAGAAAUACAUUGGCUUGUCUUUGUAAGAUUGAUCAAAAUGAAUCCAAACAAUUGAAAAUCUAUCCAUUACCUCACAUGUACGUUGUUAAAGAUUUAGUCCCUGAUUUGACCAAUUUCUACCAACAGUACAAAUCCAUUCAACCUUAUCUUCAAAGAUCUUCUUAUCCUGAAGAUGGGAAGGAAGUCUUACAAUCUAUCGAAGAUCGUAAGAAAUUGAAUGGGUUAUAUGAAUGUAUCUUAUGUGCUUGUUGCUCCACUUCGUGUCCUUCAUAUUGGUGGAACCAAGAAGAAUAUUUGGGUCCUGCUGUCCUAAUGCAAGCAUACCGUUGGUUGAUAGAUUCAAGAGAUCAAGCUACUAAGGCAAGAAAGACAAUGUUGGAAAAUUCAAUGUCCCUUUAUAGAUGUCAUACCAUUAUGAAUUGUACAAAGACUUGUCCAAAGGGUUUGAAUCCAGGUUUUGCCAUUGCUAAGAUUAAGAAGAGCUUGGCUAUGAUGUGA